GCGGCGUCGAAGGCGCGACUCGAGGGGAACGGAACCUUGGUUCCACCAGAACCAAUCUCACCUCUAGAUUAGUCUAUAAUUCAACACUACCUGCCCAUAAGUAACCCAACAACCAAAAAACCAAACCAAAGGACCAGACUUUUGGACACCGACAUAAAUCCCAGCGCCUCCUCCCCAUCCAUCGGCCUGUCAACUCAUGGUAACCGAGUUCCAUUUCAUCACCGUCAAUCCUGGUUCCAAUCGGUUCUGGCAAAACACACUAUUCAUAAAUUUUGUUCAGACGCAACAACCAACCACUCAGAGUGCCAUCGUCAUCAGCCUGUCAGGCCCCGCACAGCGAACUGACUACUAACCUGGGCUAGGUGCCGACAAACCUGUAGCCUGCUACUUACUCCUUCACUCGCUCUGCGCAAAAUCAAAGCCGCCCUCCUUGGCAUUGACUUUGUUAUUUUCCCGAUAGACCGCCCGCGACUCCGACGACCAGCACGAGCUCUUGGUCUGACAUUGCUUCGGUCGCGUGCGUGUCCAAAGGCGAAAAAGAAAGAAAGAGAGAGCCGCGCGCGCGAUAGUUCAAACAAGAGAAAGAGCUUCACUGCGGGGGGUUCGUCGCCACUUUUUCCACAAUGAACCCUGGUUACUCGUCCACGGCCAGCCAGCCCGGCCACAACCCUUCGGCAUUGCCUCACGAUGUCCACCACGCGUUGCCUGCCAUUGGCCAUCCCGGUAGCUACCACGCGUCCAUGCCUCAGCUGCCGUCUAUUCCUCCGCCGAUGCCUCCGCACUACUCGGACCAGUACGGUAUGAUGCAGCAACAACCCCAGGACCAGCAGCCACCCUCCUCUACUACCGAAGGCGCCGCCGAGACGAAGCCAAGCGCAGACGCUCUGGCAAGGACCCAGAAGAAGCUGCAGCCGCAUGUUGGCGAGCAGGAUGGUCGCAAAUACAGGCUUGAUGUCGUGCAGCAACCAAAAAGGGCGCGAAUGUGUGGCUUUGGCGACAAGGACCGGAGGCCUAUAACUCCCCCACCCUGCAUUCGCCUCAUCGUAACCGACGCUGUCACGGGCAAGGAGAUUGACUGCAACGAAAUCGAGCACACAAUGUAUGUCCUCAACGUCGAUCUCUGGUCCGAGGAUGCGCAGCACGAGGUAAAUCUUGUCCGUCACACUUCCGCCACGCCUUCUAUCUCGUCAACUACUCCGGCAUCCUUCGCGCAAAUUGAUUCAACUUCGCCGGCGUUCGCUCAGAUUUCCGGCACGAAUCGCGAAAUACCAUCCUACCCCCAGUCCCAGACAUAUGCGCCAAGCGUAACGCCCUUUGCCCAACAGGGAGGCUAUGGACAGCAAGCAAUAUCUCCAGUUGGUCCACACUACGGCAUGGUAACCAACACUUAUGGUGGUCAAGGGGGCUACACAUACGCCUCGCCCACAGACAUGCACCCUCAUCAACUAGGCUCACAAGUAGGACCCUAUGGGCCCCGUAUCUUCAACGGAGCUCCUGAUAUGGGCAUGCAUCAGCGGAUGGCGCUGCAGGGGACACACCAGGGAGCUCCUCCACAGGGAAUGUUUACGAGGAACCUUAUCGGGAGCUUAUCCGCCAGCGCUUUCCGAUUGAACGACCCCCAGGAGAAGAUUGGUAUUUGGUUUGUGUUGCAAGACCUGAGCGUGCGGACAGAAGGAAUCUUUCGUCUACGUUUCUCAUAUGUCAAUGUCGGAGCGCCGACCAGAACUCCUAACGGCGGCCCUGCCAACCAAACGUCCAUCCUCAACACAGGAAAAGCGCCCAUUCUUGCGUCAUGUUUCAGCGACGCUUUCCAAGUUUACUCGGCCAAGAAGUUCCCAGGUGUUUGCGAAAGCACACCCUUGAGCAAAUGCUUUGCCGGUCAAGGAAUCAAGAUUCCGAUUCGCAAGGCAGAAGGUGGUGGCAAAAACAAUGACGACGAUGACGACUAUUGAUUUGAUUGCAUAUCGCGUUAAAUCAUGAAUGCAACUGCGGUUCUUGUUUUGUAUAUCUUUUCCUUUCUUCUUUCGAACUUCCCUCUUUUUUUUUUUCCUAUUGAGACGUCCGCUUUCUCAUGCAUCGUUGGCAUCCCAGAUGCACGAGAUGUGUCUUGUUGACCACCUACUCAAAUCAUACCUCGGAAUCGUCUUUGAUGAUACCCCAUACUUGUUUCUCUUGUGACAGAUAACCCAUCGAGUUGUCACGUAUUAUUUUAUUUUUCUCAGUCACGAAUUUCCACGAAUUCUUAAAUCUUCGGCCGACAUAUUGGACAUAGAUAACCUUUUAGGGUGGGGCCGGCAAACAAAACUUGGCUCGAUAUCCUCUGGGCUCGACUUAUUAUAUUCGAGACUUGGUACGAUGCCGCGGUGGUAUACUGAAAUUGCAUAGGGGGAUUGGAAUCUGUCUAGGGAAUAUGCCCAGCUGUGUACAUAGACGACAAGCCGGUAAUUAUGUAGUGAGCAAAGACGCAGGGGCUAUAGCUAGAAUGAGGCUGAUAAUUAUUGCAGCUACACACGACCGCAUUUACUAAUGCUUCCCCACGCGAUUGCAAGUAUAAACUACAUAGCCU